ACAGCCUCUGCUGUCAAGCCAUCUGCUCUAGCCUGUGUUGAAUGUCGAUCCAAGCAUCUCAAAUGCGACGGGAAACAACCAAUCUGCUCACGAUGCAUCACAUCCGAGAUUACAUGUAAUUAUAUGCCUUCACGACGAGGAUGUAAAGGCAUGCCGAAGAAACGAAGAAAACUCAAUUCGCCCUCUACUCAGGACACUUCACUUCAGACAUCACCAGCACCGCCGCCAACAAUAUCUUACACAACAUCAGAAUCUUUGCCUUGGCAGAACGAAAUGACCACUUUUGGUCAACACGGACAUGGCAUCACAUCAGACUCGAUUGCAGCUGCUCUUGAUACUCCGUUUCCCAACUCUGGGCCGACAUACAUCUUGGCCGACAAACUCCCAGUGUCAACAUUGACUGAUUCGCGAUGUCAGAGUCGCCCGGAAGCGAUCUUGGAUUCGGAACAUGUCGUAAAUUUAUACUACUCGAAUUUCCAUCCAGCUCAUCCCAUCUUGCUUCCACGGCACAUGUACGAUCAGAACUAUCCCUCGUACCUUCGGCUAGUCGUUCAAUUCAUCGGAAGUCAUUAUUCGGCAUCUCAAUCCGGCGACCCCCUAAGAAUACAGACUGCUAGAGCUCUCAAGGAUAGUCCAGAAAGAACGGCUUUCAUGGUUCAAGCUCGUCUUCUCUUCGCAAUCGCGGUACAUGCACGAGGCGAGCCCAACGAAGGCCUGGCAAUGCUUCAAGAUGCAAUUGAGCUAGCUAUCAGCCUUGGUAUGAACACAAAAUCAUUCAGCUCCUCGAAUGGUGGCUCCAUACCGUGUCUUGAAGAGAGCUUCCGUCGCACGUGGUGGGAGCUGUUUGUAGUGGAAGGCAUCAUGUCUGCGAUUCAUCGUCGCUCAACGAUGAAGACCACCACGGUCGCCUCGGAAGUUUUGCUACCAUGUGAAGAUUCGACAUACACAGAUGGCGCUUGUUUCUCAGACAGCCCCACCUUGGCUCAAUUCGCUGACCGUCAUUUUGCCGAAGAAGAAAUGAGCUUCUCUUCCUCUUGCUAUCGUAUUGAGGCUGUACAAAUACUGUCGCGGGUGUUGUCAAUCGCAAAUGCUGAAGCUCAUCCUGAUGAGGUACAAGCAAUCGAUAACUCGCUUGCAGCAUGGACGCAUUAUGUACCUCCGGAGAAGCGCGACCUCAUCUCUAACUCAGGUGAAGUCGACGAAAUGCUAUUCCAAGCACACAUGGUCAUUCACUGGGCUACCAUUCUCCUGCACAUGCCUCGCAGCGAACUUCUCUCGGUGCAUCCAACAGCGGACAUAUUCUGUGCGAAGGGUGAUAAGCAGAUGCCAUCCACUGAUACCAAGCAUGCUCAUGCGAGUAAAGCGACUGAUGCCUCGAAGGAGUUGUCAAAUCUUGCGGCUUUCCGCUGUCCGGUGCAAAAACAUACGCCUUUCUUUAUUUGCGCUCUUGUCAUCGCGUCCGUGGUUCAGCUUGCCGCUUGUACACUUCACAACUGCCGCUGCAUGUAUCAACAUAAAGAUCGCAUCACCUUAGUCGUCGGCCUGUUGAAAUCGCUGAGCUUAAACUGGGCCUGCGCCGGAUCAGUUCUAGUCAAAAUCAAAAAAAUCGCUGCAAAAGUGUUGAAG